UCCUGUUGCACCCUACGCGUUCCCACACUGCUUCGCGACCGCCGCUAUGGAGGCUGGUCGCACGGCUAUACUCCGCGUGAAGCGGAAGCGCAGCGAGGAGCCUGCCGAGGCCCUGGUCCUCGCCUGUAAACGCCUCCGGAAAGAUGUGGUGGAGUUGGCGGUCCAGAAGACGCCCCCCGAGGGUCUGGAGAAAGCAGCAGAGAAAAAUGUCUUCCAGUUGGUGGCUACCGUGUGCUCCCAGGAGGACCCGGUCCAGCCGCUCCUGCGCGCUCUGCCCCCACCCUGGGGCACCCAUCAGCGUAUCCGCCACGAUCUCCGCGCGUCGACUCGGAAGAUCCAGCAGGAGGGUCGCUACAGGGUAGUCUCUAGCCGCCGACCCUCGGACCUUCUCUUGGACGAUCUGGAGUCCGAGGACGCGCGGGAAAACCCAGAAGCCGGCGGUGACGCAGGCUUCCAGCUGUUGGAUCUGGUCCACGAAGAAGGAGACCCUGAGGCCGCUGCUACUGCCACUGCCGCCGCCGCUGCCACCGCAACCGCCACCGCCGCCGCAUCCGCCUCCUGCAAAGCAUCUGACCCAGAUGUGAUCCUUUGCAAUUCUGUAGAGUUGAUCCGCGAGCGGCUGACUAUAUCUGAGGAUGGACCAAGUGUCGGGCCCCGGGAGGAACAGAAGGAUGACUAUGUGUAUGACAUUUACUACUUGGAGACGGCCACUCCAGGAUGGAUUGAGAAUAUCCUCUCUGUGCAGCCUUACAGCCAGGAGUGGGAGCUGGUGAAUGAUGGCAAACAACUAGAGGGCGUUGAUGAAGAUGAAGAUGAAGAUGAUGAGAAUAGUGAGAAUAAUUGGCGCAAUGAGUACCCAGAGGAGGAGAGCAGUGACGGAGAUGAAGAUUCCAGAGGCUCUGAUGAAUGCAACGGCCUCAGUGAAGAGGAAAGAGGCAAUAGCCGGCCACAGAUGUGGAGCAAAUACCCUUUGGAUGUGCAGAAGGAGUUUGGCUAUGACAGCACCCAUGACCUGGACUCGGACUGAGGAUCUAUCACAGGCCCUUGGGGCUUUGACUGCCUUAUCAGCCACCCUGGUAGUGGGUUUCCUGGCAUAACACACGGAAGGAGAAAGCAUGUCCAACAGCACCAUCAUAGCAGUGAAAACGUGUGCUGAAGGAGUAUCUCUUUUCCAUUAAUAGUAGGAUGCUUUGCCUCAUUCAAGUGACCCUACAAUCUAGGGGACAAAAAACAAACAAAAAAACAUAAAAUGAAGCUUCCUGGCCUAGGCAUUUUCCUGCUCUUCUUCUACGCUAAAGCCAGUAAGUGGAAGAGAGGCUGUUUCAUGAGAACUUAGGUUCAACUUUCCCACGCCACCAGGCACCCGCCCCCAGUAAAAGCCUGAUUCUUUUUGACGGGAAAAUGUAGAAGGGCUACAGUGGGUCUCUUAUAGGAACACACACUGAGUAGUAAUGGCCAGUAGAGGACGAAUCUGCCUGAGCUGUGAGGGGUUUGGUAGACAGUUGUCUCUACCUCCCUGCUUCCUAUGAUAAUGACUGUAAAGAUUGCUCUUUCGUUAGCAGUGGUCCCAAGGAGCAGGGUAUGUAUGAAUGUGAUACUCUGCAUUUAGUAAAAACACUAACUAUGGGAGCAAGUAAGUAAUUCCUUUAAAACCUUUUCAAUCUGAAUAUGUUUUCCAUUGUGCUCCCUCUCCCCUUCCUGCCCCCCACCAAAAAUGGGGGAGUAGUGAAAUAAAAGUUUCGGAAUUGACCUGAGACACAAAGGACUUAAAGCAAAUUAGGAAAAGGAAAACACAUCCUGAACUUAGCUUUCCACUAAGAAAUGUUUAACUAUUUACAGCACUCACCAAAAACUACCAAUAGGACAAAAUUUCUUCCCCAGAAUUUACAUUUCUGCCCCAACCCCUUCCAAAGCACAGAUGCCUUAACUCAGACUGAGUUGGCAUUUAGUCUUUAAUGUAGCAUUCAUUGUCAGUAGAACUUUUGCAAAGACGAAUGUGUCCUAUACGUGCCCUGUGCAGUGGUAGCCACUAGCCACAUGUGGCUGAGCACUUUUAAUGUGAUUAGUGUGAGGAAUUUUUCAACUUUAUUUUAUUUUAAGUAGCUACAUGUGGCUAGUAGCUACUGUACUGGACAGCGCAGGUAUAGGGCAAUCAAUACCCAGAACCUUCUAUUCAAGACAUGCCCUCUUGCCCCAUGGCGCACACUCACUAUCACAGGGGAAGGUGAAUUACACAGGGAUGUGUCUUCCCACAUCUUUUAAAGACUUCAUAAGCAUCUACUUUCCCAUCCUGCCUAAACCCAUUUAUCUACAUCAGUUCCUAUGUACGCAGAGUUGUUAAACCUGACAAAACGAUUAAAUUGUAUGUGUGUGUGUGCUCAGGCUCUACUCUUGUGGCUCUAAAACCAACAUACUGGUUUCCCACCCUAACUAUCCACAAAGGUACAAUUCAGUGUCACAAGUAAGAGGCAGCAACUUAAAUGUACGUCAACACUAGUCAUCUUAGUCUAUAGGCGUAAAAGAAGGAUUAAAAACCACUCUGUACCAAUA